UAGUCCCCGAUUGAAUAUUUUUGAUCUCAUUAUCACAAUUACGUAAUCCAUUACUUCCGUUUACAGGAGUAAAUAAUCUAACGAGAAAUUAAUUAGUUUUGUGUACAGAAAUAAUGGUGUUCUUAAUUGAAGUCAUCUCUAUAAUUAACUUUAAUUAAUUAAUUUAAAAAAUGGCGGAAUUAAAGAUUUGGACGAUUUUUUUUUUCCUGGCAUGCCACUUAAAAAUUCCCAGCAGAUAAGAGAGAGAGAGAAUUCUUGUAAAGAGGCUUUUAGGAAGGAGAGAGAGAGAGAGAGAGAUGGGAAGAUCUCUCCAUUAAUUUACGUUUACGAGGGCAGAGUUUAAUGAGACAAUUAGUUCUAAUAGCUAUCCCGGGUAAUCGAGGUCGAGCUUAUUUUUGGGGCAGGAGGUGGCCCGAAAAGACCCAAAAUGUGGGUGUAGCUGGCGCUUUUUUUUCGCCAACGUCCCGGCACUUUGAGUCACAGAGGCCCGGGUGCGGGUCGACGACACUCUCUCGAUCACGUAGGAGACGACCAUUACAUCGGCUCUUAAUGGGGAGAGGGCGUGUGUCGGGAGACGAUAGGUGUCGGUCGCUACCGCUAAUCGUCUCCACUCCCAAAAUAGAGUUGACAUAGAUGGCCAGGGAUACGCGUGACUCUUCUCGCCCCCCUAGCCAAUGGUUUUAAAGAAUCUUUUUCUUAAAAGGAAACUAAAAUUGUGCGAGAGAGAGAGAGGAAGUGAAUUGUUUUUUUUUUUUCCUUUUUUAGAAGUCGGAUGUGAUUAGUAUUGGUUCCUUUUAUCCUUUUAUAUAAUGGAAUGAAUCAAACGAUGAUGGCUUUUAUGUUAUGUGAUAUAAAUAAAAGAUCAGUUAUUCUGUAUAUAAUAUACUAUCCUUACAUAAUGAUUAUACUGUGUUCGACUAAAAGAUUAAUUACAUCUCUUAUAUGUGUUUUUGUUUCUUGUAGAACAAAAAAACCUGUAAAAGAUGUCCAGAUUUUCUGGAUAAUAUGCAAAAUAAUAAGAAUAGUGAUUAGCUUUUGCGAUAACGUUCGUAUCUUAGCUUAUUAUCCCGUUUAUUAAUUGAGACUUUUAUUAUGUAAAUUAUAACUUUGUGAGAAUGCUCUCAAAAGUAAGAAAUGAAGAAAAGAAAAACGAGAGAACACACGCGACUCUUCAUUCAUCGAGAUUGAUAUCAAUCUAUCCACAUCCGUAUUUUUUCGUAUACGUCCACAAUCGACAGAAGCUCCUCGUCACUCCGCUCUGAUGUUGUAGAUUCGACCAUUUGCGGGGUAGAAGAUAUUAAAAGAAAAGGCCAACGUCCUCGUUUGUAUCAAUAAAAGACACCAGCGCUUGCUCCUAGAUCCACCUUGAUGGCGGAACUGGGUUGCUCGGGUUGCUGGCCCGAAGAUAAAGUUUUCAGCGAUCGUCUCGAACUUUACCCCUUUUUUUUAGUUCUGUCGUCGUAACGUCUACUUAUCAAAGUACCGAACACCCCCCUACAGAGAGAACGACCUCUUCUAUGUUAUUUCCGCUUUUUCCCGUUCGGAAUCCGAAACCAUUCUUGAUGUAUAAUUUCCGAACGUAUGCGAAUUAAAUAUUGCAGUGACAUCAGUCGGUUCGUAGAAGUUGACCAUACAGGGGGUUGGAACGUGUCCAAAAAUAAACACCGUUUGCUCGAUAGUCGCAGUCGACACCAACUAGGACGGCGGCAACCUCGACGAGGAACAUGUUGAAGCGAAGAGACGAGAUCUGUAGAGCCUUCAACGACUUGCAGCGUUUUCAAGAAGAGGAACAUGUGUGGAUCAUCCCGCGACCACCCAGUGGCGAUUUUCAUCUGUUGGUUACGUGGGCGGAAGACUUCGCACGUCUGGUCGACAGUACUCUUCCGGAAAGCGAAGAUUUAAUGGAAUCAACCCUUCCUUACCGAAAAUGUAAAUACGCCCCCGAAUGUCCACUUUUGAAACGUGUGAGGCCCAAGUCGAUGGAGGUUGCCACCUCUUGUCCCUCUUGUAUAGCAAACACCCAGAGGACGUACAGGCGUCAACUUUCCACUCCUCUAACGCGCGAUGUAGAAAUUCAAACUCAAUGGACGGACGUUUGCGACGGACGAUGGUUAACUUCUCUUACUAACGAAGACUUUAAGAAACUCUUCAAACAAUCCAGCGUAUGUUCUUUCGACAACUAUGAAGAUUCUUCAAAUGACUACGUUCGUGAAGAUUUUAAAGUUAGUGACAAUCACGACGUAUCCAUUCAAGCGAAGUUAAGCGAGGAAGACAUUUUCGCCUCCGAAAUGAACUUCAAAAAGGAGAUGACGUUCGAUUCCUGUGACCUGGAUUUACCAUUCGAAGAGGACCAAGAUUCCGAAUCCGAAGAGAUAGAAAGAUGA